CACCUUAACUGACAGUUCCACAUGUCUCUCUGCGAUAAGUGAUUUAGAGAGUGAACCAUUCUUUCCAUUGCAUUUCUGAAGUGACUGCAAAACGACUCAGGACAUCACACAAAGAACAACUGAUAUACAAGAAGAGCUCAGUGGAUGCAAAUAGACUCCUGGCUCCAACAGGUUCAACAUGAAGCAAGGAUGCAGCCUCCUUUUUUGUUCAUUGGUGCUUCUGGGGAAACUUUGCUGUUACUUUGAAGUAGCUGCUGAGGAAGACCCGGAACAACCACCUAGAGGAACUUGUGCAAAUUGGAUGGCAGGAGCACCAGGUUACCCAGGCCACAAUGGAAUUCCAGGGAGAGAUGGAAGGGAUGGAAAGGAUGGUGAAAAGGGAGAGAAAGGAGAUCAAGGUGCACCGGGCCCAAAAGGGGACAGUGGAAAUUUAGGAGCGACUGGUGCUGAAGGCCUUCAAGGAGCACCAGGGUUUGCAGGAAGCCCAGGACUGAAAGGGGAAAAGGGUGACAGUGCCACCACUUAUCGAUCUGCCUUUAGUGUUGGUCUAACAACCAGAGUCCCCUAUCCCAAUAUUCCAAUCAAAUUUACAAAGAUCUUCUACAACGAGCAAAAUCACUACGACACAAAAACAGGGAAGUUCCGGUGCAGCAUCCCCGGAGUGUACUAUUUUGCAUAUCAUCUCACCGUGUAUGUGUCAGAUGUAAAAGUCAGCUUGUACAAGAAGGACACGGCAGUCAUUAUCACUUAUGACCAGUUCCAGAACAACAAUGUUGACCAAGCAUCUGGUUCUGUUCUGCUCCAUGUGGAAGCUGGGGAUGAAGUUUGGCUUCAGGUAUAUGGAGAAGGAGAAAACAAUGGUGUCUAUGCUGAUAAUGUUAAUGAUUCCACUUUCAUGGGAUUCUUGCUCUACCCAGAUAUGGAUUAGGAGCAGUAGAAUGUAGGGGGGAAAGAGGAAGAAUUUGCCAAUAGCCAAAAAGAACAAACGACCUUCAUAGAUAGGAGCCUGGAGAUUCAAUAAAGAGGCACAACCUCACAAGCAUUGUUCUGUACUAAUAGAAACAUGAUAGACUACUGGUAGAUUGUCAAAACAAGCAAACACAACUAAUUGAACUGAACGUCAAGUGAUGACUUGUACAUGUGAAUGAACCUUCCCAGAUAUACCCCAUUUACACAACUUUUAUAUCAUUUCUUCACUGCAUUGCUUUUCAGCAGAGCCAGUUCACACAUUCAGCUGUUUAUCAUCAAGAGUGUGAAUCAAAUAUAUCUGGCAUUAGUCUGCACUCAUUCAAAAUAAUUGCCAAACCUCUGCUUUUAGAUAUUACUUUUUACUUAAAGUUAUACUGACAAACAGAACAAACAAUAAGCUUCAUAGAUAGGAGCCUAGAGAUUCAGUAAUGAGGUACAACCAUACAAGCAUUGUUCUGUACUAAGAGAAGCAUGACAGCAUCUAAUGCUUGAGAGCAUUAUGAUGAUGUGGCUUUCAGAGUGGUUUCUCAUUAGUUCUGUGCUCUUGGAUAUAUUUUAAUAUGUACUCCUGUUUUUUUAGUGAGUUAUGUUUGGCUUUUACACAUUAGCAUAAGAAUGGGGUAUGGUAAGCAAAUAAAGAUUGCAACAAGAUAUUUGGCACACCAAAAGUUUUACUGAAUUAUAAAUAAAAACCCUGUUCUCCCAAA